AUGGAACGAAGAAAAAACAUUCUCGACACCGAUGAAUAUUCACACGAUGUGGAAUAUGCCAGCGAUCAAAGCUUUGAUCCUGAUGAAGAUGAUCGGGUGAGUCCCUCCAAUGUCAAUUCCAACCAGGGAUCUUCAUCUCAUCGCUCCUCCAACAACAAUGGUAAUCGUGCCUCCAACAAGUCAUCCUUACGCACCAAUAACAAACCUUCCCACAAAAAGUUAACGGAAAAGCCUCAUCAUGAUGACGAUGACGAUAUUCAAUACGUAGAGGUCGAGCAAGAAACGAACCAAGCACCAUCAUCCUCCAUGAAAAAGAAAAGAAAGAAGAAAAAGAAACAAUCCCAACUCUCAACAGAACAACAACAAGAGGAGGCAUCAUCUAAAAGUAACAAUGAAAGAAGCGAACGUUCUACGGCUCCUCAUGCCUCAUCACCACCAAAGUUGAAUCAGCCCAGAAAGGGUCAGCGUGUACUCUAUGUCAAAGUGGGUGGUGCUACGAGUAGCAAUGAAAGCAACAACCAUAAUAAUAUUAAGACAGCACCAGAUGAGAAGAGCUCUUCUCUUGCUUCUGCUCGCUCUGAAGAUGCUCAACAGCAGCAACAGCAACAGAACAAACAAGUCCCAAGCGCUGAAGAUCACUCCACCAACCAGCCAAAGCACAAGAAGAAGAACGCCAACAAACAGAACAAGUCGGUUCCUCCUCAUCCUCCUAUGAAAAAGUCAAUGAUGAAUCCCGAUCAAGAAGUGCAAUCAUCAUCAUCUCAUAGUGGUAGCGGCAAUAAUCAUAACACAACUCGACAACAAAAGAAAUCAUCACCACAUGGGAAAGAAGCACAUGGUCCUCCAAGGGUCGUUUCACCAACACCCAAGAGAUACUCUCAACAAAAUUACUCGGGAAAUCAGAGCACCUCCAUUCAACAACAACAACAACAACAACAACCAUUCUUUCCAUCACCAAAUAGUCAUGGUGCAAAGAAUCAAAAGAUACCCGAGAGUAUUCUCUCCUUCAAAUUGAAUGCCAAUGCAAAGGCAUUUACUCCACCUUCUUUUACACCUGUAAUUAUUGAACAACCAAAGAAGGAUAUUCAGACUUAA